AUGGACAACAAGCAUCUCCAGAAAGCCAAUGAAUUUGCGAUUGACUUUCCCAUACCGCAGCGAGUAGUUGCUCUUUUUCUGGCCGGUUUAUGGUUGUGGCUAUGGCUAUUGCACGUUCUUUCCAAGACGUUCAACAUCGACCUUGCGAAGCUCAUUUUAACGCAUGAUCCGUACGAUAUACAUCCACAAACGUCAUCUUCAAAACUUGUGGACUCUACUCGCAAAUGCGUUUUUAGGAUCACCAAAAUAAUACUCCCGUGGUAUGUCAUAACAGUGUUACUUUUGCACAAGACAUUGGAAAAUCCGCUGGAGACCCCAGCGUGGCUUGUAUGUCUUAUUAAUAUCUCUCCUCUGUGUCAGCUCAUUGCUACAUUUGCAGUACUGUUGUCGUGGUCCCCUAUGCUGUGCCGCUGCUUCAAACACAUCCUAAAGUUUGGAGACAUCGAAUCGCGGCCAUUGCGAAACAAUUACAUUUUGAUAUCAGAUACCAUGACAUCUUUUGCCAAGCCGAUGAUUGACUUCGGAAUUUAUCUUUCAAAUCUGCUCACAAACCCCGAUGACGUUGCGUGCAUGAUCACUAGAAAUGUAAGCCCGCCUCUUCUCAAUUUCGACCUUCUGAUCGGCGUAACUCCUGCCACGAUUAGACUUCUCCAAAGCUUGAGAGAAUGGCGCCGAUCGACUUCAAGUCAUGAAGCGCGGUGCUCCAUUUUCAAUGCCCUAAAGUACGCGUGCAAUUUGCCGAUUCUAGUUUGCACCGUGGUCGCAAGAGCAAGCGGAGGUACCUCUACUAAUAUUUACUGGUUCAUGCUGGCGAACUCCCUCUAUGGCUUUUGGUGGGAUCUGACAAUGGACUGGAACCUGGGGGUCUUCAAUUUUAGCAGUAAUGGGAUGAGACGUAAUGAAAUCUUACGUUCCCAGCGGACAUAUCCAAGAUUCUUCUACUUCACAGCCGCCGUUAUCGAUUUGGGUUUGCGAUUAAUUUGGCUAUGGGAACUUUUCGCUGGGGGAAGCGUUUUCGUAGGUGAGCUGAACUUUUUAUUCCAACAUUGCGCCGAAAUCUUUAGACGAUGGCUUUGGAUUUUCAUGAAGCUAGACGCCGAAGCGUGCAAGUCGAUGGGCCCUGAGAAAGCCCAAGAAUAA